AUGAUAGCUUACAUGGCUUCAGCACAGGUUUAUCGUUUCCAACAACGUAUAUCAAAUCUUCAAUCUCAUCAUAAACUUGCAUCGAUUCGACAUUGUGAAGCUGUUAGUAACUAUAUCAGUCAAAACAAUGAAUUGAUGAAAUCUUUGUUGGCUCAUUUAAAGGCUCCAGAUAAAAGUGUGAAAAGAACUAAAAGGAUUACAAAACCUCGGACAACACAUCCACAGUUAGCGAAAUCUGCACGUUUUUCUGCCAAGUCAUAUGCUAUGCAGUCAACUGUCGAGCAAUUGAACGCCAUACAUCACCAUUCGUUGUCCAGGCAUACAGACUUUGUGAACCAAUGUUUACCUGAAGAAACAUGGAAUAAUUUCGGUACACCGGCGACUAUUGAUGAUCCUUCUGUGUGUAAUUCCAAAGAACCGAUAUUUCCACCACCGACAUAUACAGAACCAAGUUUAAAUUAUGAACCAAGCAUACUUGAUGAUUGCUUGUGGGAAAUAUGGGAUGGAGAUAAUAAUGUUCUUCAAAGCAAGCACCAAAUGAGAACACAAACAAAAUAUACCCCGUGUGAUAAAAUAUAUUCAGGUGAUACCCCAUCUAUCUAUAACAGUGCUCAAGAGAAACAAUAUUGGAGUCGUGAUGACGUGUCAUUCGAUAUUAAGCAGCAGACAUUAAGUCGUAUUGCUGGUUAUAACUUACCAGCUGCACAACCAAGAGAUUCUUACUGGUUGAAACAAUCUACUUCUUAUGGCGAACCCAAGCACUUACUUCUUGUCAAUAAGCAUGAUAAUUUGUAUCGUAAUGAGCCGUUGUGUACUGUACAAAAUCCAUUCUCUUCUAAUCUGAACGUCAGCUGUAGGAAUAGUAAUUCUUUACUGACUAAUCAAAUGACCAAUUAUUCAGCUGAGUUUUGUACAUCGAAUUCUAGUUACGAGCUAACCGGAUCGUCAAAAAGCCAUAUUAAUCCUAUUCUAGUAUCUACUUAUCCGUCGGUAGGAUCUGACAUAAACUCUUGUCGAUCAGCAAUUUUUGAUCCUGAUGAAUGUUUUAGGCCGUAUUAUGACUGUACUCCUUAUCAUCCAUCCGGAAACAACAAUAAUGGUAGUAGCAGUGGUGGUGAUAAUAGCAGCACCAGUAAUUGUCAUUUUUAUCGAGCAGAUCUGAGCGCCCUACAGUCAUAA